GUCGUCGGUUAAAUGUUUGGAGAAGGAACCGAGCCCAGGAAAGUGGGAGUUGCCCAGAGAGGCUCCUCAGUGUGAUCCAGGAUGAUUGAGGAGAGUGGGAAGAGGAGGAGGACCAUGGCAGAGAAGAGGCAGCUGUUCAUGGAGAUGAGGGCUCAGAACUUCGAUGUCAUCCGGCUCUCCACGUACCGCACCGCCUGCAAGCUGCGCUUCGUGCAGAAACGCUGCAACCUUCACCUUGUUGAUAUCUGGAAUAUGAUUGAAGCCUUCCGAGAUAAUGGCCUUAACACUUUGGACCAUAACACAGAGAUCAACGUGUCCCGCCUAGAAACAAUCAUUUCAUCCAUCUACUACCAGCUAAACAAACGCCUUCCUUCUACUCACCAGAUCAGUGUAGAGCAGUCCAUCAGCCUCCUCCUCAACUUCAUGGUAGCAGCAUAUGACAGCGAGGGCCACGGGAAGCUGACGGUGUUCUCAGUGAAAGCCAUGCUGGCCACCAUGUGUGGUGGGAAAAUCCUGGACAAACUCAGAUAUAUUUUCUCUCAGAUAUCAGAUUCCAACGGACUAAUGAUCUUUACCAAGUUUGACCAGUUUCUGAGGGAGGUUCUGAAGCUCCCCACGGCCGUGUUCGAGGGCCCUUCCUUCGGCUACACGGAGCACUCCGUGAGGACCUGCUUCCCUCAGCAGAAGAAGAUCAUGCUAAACAUGUUUUUGGACACGUUGAUGGCUGAUCCUCCCCCCCAGUGCCUUGUGUGGCUCCCUCUCAUGCACAGACUCGCCCACGUUGAAAAUGUCUUCCACCCCGUGGAGUGCUCGUACUGCCACUGUGAGAGCAUGAUGGGGUUCCGGUACCGGUGCCAGCAGUGCCACAACUACCAGCUGUGCCAGAGCUGCUUCUGGCGAGGCCACGCCAGCGGCCCCCACAGCAACCAGCACCAGAUGAAGGAGCACUCCUCCUGGAAGUCCCCGGCGAAGAAGCUGAGCCACGCCAUCAGCAGGUCCCUGGGCUGUGUCCCCAGCAGGGAACCCCCCCGGCCCCUGUUCCCUGAGCAGCCAGAGAAGCCCCUGGACCUGGCCCACAUCGUCCCUGCCCGGCCCGUGAGUAACAUGAACGAGGCCAUGGUGACCCACGUGUCCUCCGGAGCUCCCACACCCACCAAGAGGUCCCAGCCCAGCCCGGACCCCCCCAGCGCGGUGGCCGACGAGCACUCCCUGAUAGCCACCUACGUGAGCCGGCUGCAGCGCGGGCCACGUGUCCUGGACAGCCCGGGCCGGCUGGACGAGGAGCACCGGCUGAUCGCCAGGUACGCCGCGCGACUCGCCGCCGAGGCCGCCAGCGCCCCCCGCCCGCCCUCGGACCUGGGAUUCAGCUUCGAUGCCAACAAGCAGCAGCGGCAGCUGAUAGCGGAGCUGGAGAACAAGAACAGGGAGAUCCUCCAGGAGAUCCAGCGGCUGCGGCUGGAACACGAGCAGGCCUCUCAGCCCACCCCCGAGAAGGCCCAGCAGAACCCGACCCUGCUGGCUGAGCUCAGGCUGCUACGGCAGAGGAAGGAUGAGCUGGAGCAGAGGAUGUCAGCACUUCAGGAGAGCAGAAGAGAACUGAUGGUGCAGCUGGAAGGGCUGAUGAAGCUGCUCAAAGAAGAAGAGCAAAAGCAGGCAGAACCCUUUAAUUUGCCUCCUUGCCACAUGCAAGUCCAUGCAUGAAAAACUAAUUAAUGACUUAAUAUUCCGGGCAUGGCUCCGUGUCCUUCAGCCACGGCAGAGUCUCCUUGCAGGAGCCCCGGGGUGCUGGUUGAGCAGGAGUUGGAGCUGACAGAGACAGGAAAGCCUUGGCUUUGUUGCCCAUUCCCAUUUUCUCUGUGCAAACCCCAAUCCUGUGUUAAUUCCGGGAUCCACUCCAGAGGGAGCCCUUCUGCUUUUCUCGGGCUCAGCCAGAUGUUCAGUGUCCCUCUGCAGCUCGGCACGUUUGCAGUGCUUUGGAACAUGGUUGCCUCUCUCCCCGGGCUGGAAUGACCAUUAAUCCUGGGGGUUUGCACUGCUGGGGGGGUUCACACGUUGUUUGUCACGGACAUAAUGGGAUGUUGGACACGUGCAUUGGAAAUUCUGGUGGCUUGUUCUUUGUAGGGGGUUGGAUAUUUUGGGGUGACUUUAAAUGGGGAAAACACUUCAGUUCCACAUGUGCUGAAAGUGGCUUUUGGUGACUCCUGGGUGGCCUUUUAUUAAUGUCCUGUGGUCAGUUUGAGGUGUUGGUGAGUGGGCACCUUCUCUGGGAGCCCAGGGCACUGUUGGGUGAUCAGAGAAUCAUGGAAUCAUGGAAUGGCCUGGGUUGGAAAGGACCUUAAAGAUCAACCAGUGCCACCCCUGCCAUGGGCAGGGACACCUCCCACCAGCCCAGGUUGCUCCAAGCCCCAUCCAACCUGGCCUUGGACACUUCCAGGGAUCCAGGGGCAGCCACAGCUCCUCUGGGCAACCUGUGCCAGGGCCUCCCCACCCUCCCAGCCAGGAAUGUUUUCCUAGUACCCAAUCUCAGGCUGUCCCUGGGUUUGCUGAGGCACCUGGCAGAAGUUAUCUGGCUCGUUGGAGGGACCAGGUUGCAGCAGGUGGAAGGAUCUUCAAGGAAUGUCCUGGAGGAAGGAGAAGAACCAAGGCACCACCACUGCUGUCCCCCAGCUCCUGGCUGUGCCAGUGGAAGGCUGUGCUGUGUGUCAUUCUCCCACCCAGCAUCAUUCCUAGGAAUAAUUCUCUGCAGGGAAAGGCAGUGUUAUACAUUAGCUCAUUUUUCCUGUGCUGUGCUUUCAUCUGGAUUAGGGAUACAGCAAAAGGGGAAAUAUGAGAUCAGGGAAGAAUUUGACCAAUUUUACCUCCCUUCUUUCCCUGGAACACUGUGUCAGGAGGAGGAUAAUGAGCCAAGAGUAAAUAAUGUCAACACAGUGACAUUCUGUCUGGGCCAAUUCUGUUGGAAUCGGGGAUGAAUGAGCCAAAAAGCCUCGAGAAAGGCAGGUUUUGACCAACCAAAGGACAUUUUGCUGGUCUGUAGGAGCUGAAACUUUACAUCCUCCCUUUGCUUGGACUGAGAACUGUUCUCCUAGAUAUGAAGGGGCAGCCUGGAAAGGCUGAGAAUCCCAGGAUGCUCCAUUUGGCUGAGAAAAACACAGAAACCACAGACUGGCUGGGGUGGAAAGGCAGCUCUGAGAUCACCCAGACCACCCCCUCUGCUCCAAACAGGCUGCUCAGGGGUUUGUCCCAGCACCACAGUCAUUAAAUCCCAGAGUGGUUUGGGUGGGAAGGGACCUUAAAGCCCAUCCAGUCCCACCCCUGCCAUGGGCAGGGACACCUCCCACUGUCCCAGGUUGCUCCAAGCCCCGUCCAACCUGGGUUUGUACGAGGGAAAAUGUGGAGCAGCCUCUGGGUGCUGAUCCCUGGGGAUCUGAGGUGAUGAUCCUCCCAGCCCCUGGUGAGAAGGAUCAGUUGUGUGGUGGCAGCAGGAAUUGCCAUGAAGGGUUGAGGUAAAUACCAGGCAGAACACGGGGCUUGGGUUGGGACCAGCAGCCCAUCAAGAGCAGCAACAUUUGCAUCCACUUUGGAAACCUCUGAUCUCCCUUCAGUGCCAGGGCUGCAGGUCCCUCCCUGCCUUGGGCAGAGAUCAUGGCAGGUUAGAGGAGGGAGACCCUGUUUCUGAGCCUGGGCAAGUCCAGAGACCUCUGUGCCCUGUGUUCAGAGCUGAUCAGAGAUGUUCACAGUUCCUGCUCUGUCUGGGGCUCUCUGGGGCCGGUCCUGGGCACGCCCUGGAGGAGCAGAGCCUUGUGCAGGGCUGUUAUUGCAGAGAUGUCAUUGCAGGGCUGUUAUUGCAGGGCUGUUAUUGCAGAGAUGUCAUUGCAGUGAUGGAGCCCUGGCCCACGUGGUGUUCAUGGCCCACCACACUGCUCCCCACCACUGCUGGGACUGUUGUGUCCCAGCUAGUAAAGAGCCUAAUUUACAACAGGGCCAUUUCCACGCCUCAGCUGGUGAGAAACUUGGACAAUCUGCUAAAUAUUAAACCCCCUUUGUUUUGUAGUCAGAGGAGCAGCCGUAGGAGCUGCGCUGUGCUAUAUCCAGGGGAACAUUCAAGGGAUUCCCGACGAUGUGCAUCACAUGAUGGGUCCUUGGCGUGUCCCACAACCCACACAAGAGCCCCAGAGCAGCGGCAGGCGCUCGUGCUCCGGCUCCAGAGCCCGGCUCUAAUGCCAAACAGGCCCAGGAACACAGUGGAGGAGCUCCUGGGAGGGCUGAGACGCUGCAAUGGAAUCCUUUCCUCCCAGGAAACGGUGGGAACCAUGGGAGCAGCAGAGCACACUGGGCUCGUGGCCCCCAGGGCUGGGUUACCCAGCAGGAGUGGACGUGCACUCACCCAGCAGCCCUUGGGAAGGCGUGGAAGUCCUGGGGGGGACUUCUUCCUUUAACCCCAUGGGGAGGGAUCAGGAGUUCCCCUUUUCCUCCCAGGGUUCAGGUCGAGUGUGUAGAUGAGACCUCCCAGUGAGCCUGAGCAGGGCCAGGGCAGCAGGGCCAGGGCAGCAGGGCCAGGGCAGCAGUACCAGGACAGCAGGGCCAGGGCAGCAGGGCCAGGGCAGCAGUAUCAGGGCAGCAGGGCCAGGGCAGCAGGGCCAGGGCAGCAGUACCAGGGCAGCAGGGCCAGGGCAGCAGUACCAGGGCAGCAGGGCCAGGGCAGCAGUGCUCGUCCCCUGAACGAGCUGAACCUCCUCAGCCUUGGCUGCAGCAGAGCUGAGCCCACAGAGCUGACGCAGCUCGGGUGACAGCUGUGUCCUCUCCCAAGGGAUGCAGGAACCCAUGAGUGGGGAAUUCCCAGCCCUGCAGAGCCCUGGAUCACCUGAGGAGUCUCCUGUCAUACCCGAACCUGAGGCUGCUGCUCAGUUCUGCAUCCAUUGCAUCAGCCAGAGGUCCAAAGGUGGAGUCCCCGUCCCUGGAGGAGUCCCAGGAAGGCCUGGCCGUGGCACUCAGUGCUCUGGCUGGGGGACAAGGUGGGGAUGGGGCACAGGGUGGGCUCGAUGAUUUUGGAGGUCUUUUCCAGCACGAAUGACCCUGGGACUCCUUGGCCUCCCAGAGCCCGUGGCUGCACUGGGUGUUGGGAACAGUGUGCCUGGGAGCUGCCAGGGAAUGUGCCCCCUGAGUUGUGUCCCAGCCCUCCCAGCGAGCAUUCCAGCACUUACAUCCUGGAAAUUACCUUGUUCCAGUGCCAGCCACACUCCUGUGUGUGGUUCAGCUCCCUGAUGUGGACAGGCAGAGCUUUGGGAUGAGCUUGGGGUUGGUGCCUCCACGCUGAGAGCAUGUUCCUGGGAGGGUAUCGCUGAAUCCAAGUGGUUUGAGUGGAAAAGGAUCUUAAAGCUCAACCAGUGCAACCCUCCACCAUGGGCAGGGACACCUUCCACUGCCCAGGUUGCUCCAGGCUCCAUCCAACCCUUAUCAAACCUAGAAGUCCUCCCAGAAGAGCCAAUGAGCUGUGUGGGGAGCCCAUCCUCCGGAGCAAUGGAGUUCAUCUGUCAGACAUUUCGGAAUGGAAGGCGGGGGCUGUGCUGCCCUCAGGUGCUGGAGGUGAAGAAGACCCUCACCUGGCUCUUUGGUUGGCAGCAGUGCCCCUGGCAGAAGAGUUCUGGAUGUGAGGAGGAAGGCUUGGCAGGGAGCAGGCAUGGAUGUGUGCCAGGAUUACUGUCCUGGAAGGGUUUGCUCUGGUGGAUCUUCACUGUCCUGUGGGGGUUGAGUCGGGUAAGAGACACAUCCCUGAAUCGUGUGGUGGUGCUUCCUGUCCCCGUGGGAUGAACACUGGAGACAGUGUCUGCAGAGACCUGCUGUCUCUCUGAACAGAAGGAAGUCCCCUCUCCUGGAGCACUGCCGAGUUUCGCUGGGCUGCGGGAGCCAUCCCUGGCCACCCUCUGCUCUCUGUGCCAGGAGGCAGAGCUAAGAGGACUUGGAGAGGGACUUUGGACAAGGGACAGGACAAGGGGCAAUGGCCUCCCACUGCCAGAGGGUUAGAUUUGAUAUAGGGAGGGAAUCCUUGGGCUGGCACAGGUUGCCCAGAGGAGCUGUGGCUGCCCCUGGAUCCCUAGAAGUGUCCCAGGCCAGGUUGGACGGGGCUUGGAGUGACCUGGGCUGGUGGGAGGUGUCCCUGCCCAUGGCAGGGGGUGGGAUGAGAUGAGCUUUAAGGUCCCUUCCAACCCAAACCACUCUGGGAUGCUCGGCUGGGGAGGGGUCCCUGUCAGUCACUGCCAGCCCAGAGGGGCUCCAAUGCCCCCAUCCCGUUGUCCAGAGCACACAGACAGCACGAGGGGCCGAGUGUUGUCAAACAGAGGCUGGAGCAGAGGAGAGCACUUGGCUGUUCCUGCUCCUGCCUUGCAGCAAGCAGGGACGUUUCCAAGGCGGGCGGUUGUUCCUGGGCUGUCCCGAGGAGAGGGACUGGGAGGCAGGACGGGCUCUGCCCCCUCCCAGCCCAUUCAUGCCUUCCCUGAAUCACAUUCCUCUGCCCUUAAUCACGGUUUGGAUCGCAGGGCCAGAAACAGGCAGGAGUUUGUUCAGUCCCUUGCCUUCCAAGUGCUGCCUUGGCGGGGAGACACGUCUGCCAAGUCCCGGCUCUCCAACCACUGCCCUCAAACAAAGCUCUGGGCACAGCUUCAAACCCAGCUCAGGGGGUUGGUUCCGUGUCCCAAACAGGUCCCCCUGUCAGGGGCUGCCUGAAAAUGUUCCUGCUUUUAUUCUCUA